AGGUGGCUUGUGAGUGAGUGAGGCCGGUUUUGUUCAGUUGUGUACGACCCAUCAGCUCAAGGUAGACUCAAGCGUAGAGGAGAGAGAAUAUAAUGUGUCAGGAUUUUGUUACCAGGAAGUGGGUCGAGUUAUUUAUAUUUCAACACUCGUCCUCUUAUACCAGAGGGAGAGCCAGUGGUAGUAACCUGAAACUAUAUAUUCAAACAUUGCCUAGUUCUGGAUGAACCAAACUGAUGGAUAACAAUUGGCUUUAGGAACGACAAGAAAAUAUCUGUGAAUAUAAAUAAUGUAAGGGAGAAAGUGACCUUGCGAGGGAUUCACCAUUGACAGAGGUGUUGGGAUGAAGCUCCAUGAGAAGAUCUUGACCCAUUACCUAUCAUGCACCUCUCCAGUAGACAAACAGGGAUAUCUCAACAAAAAGAAAGAGCGAAAUGGCACCUACCAUCGACGCUGGUUUGUCCUGAAGGCAAACCUGCUUUUCUAUCAGGAGCGUCCCGCUGACAGACACCUGUUGGGUGUCAUCGUGCUGGAGGGGUGCGCCAUUCGGCAUUCAGAGUGUGAUGGACAGUUCGCAUUUUCCCUUGUGUUUGGGCCCGAGCUGAAAACCUACAGAUUUACAGCAGCAGAUCAUCAGACUCAAGAAAGCUGGGUGAAAGCUCUCCUCACAGCCAGUCACUGUUACCUCUCCCUGCUGGUCAGAGACCUGGGGAGGCAGUAUGAAGAAGCCAAGCAGCAACAAGGCUCUGGUCAACCCUGCUCCUCGCUCAGCGCCCUCUCACAGUCCACCAACAGCCUCUUGAUCACUUUGCAGAGACCAGAUACAAAGGUCAGGGAGGGCAGAAGCCUCAGCGCCAGCAGCGUUUUACAAGCACCUUCAAAAUCAACUAAAGUGGCGGCUAGAAAGUCCCCCAAGCUGUGGCACAGAAGAAAUGCUCACGUCACACCACUUAACGGGCCGGCACCUUUGUAUGGCGAAUGGCCUUUGGAGGGUUUUAACACACUUGACGAUUUCAGCAAACUUCAUGAUUAUUAUGGUCAAGAAGUGAAGAAAGCAAGAGAGGACUGGCUGAAAAGUCAAAGAAAAAGAGAGGAGGACCACACUGAUGUAGAUCUCAUCGAUCUGGGGUAAAAAAAAAUAAAUAAAUUAAAAAAAAAGUAAAAAGAAAAAAAAGAAACAGAAACAACAAAAGAAGAAAUGCUUUAGGAGGAAGUGAGAAAGAGCUACGGUUCAUGUAUGUAAAAAAAGGAACUGAACCCGAAGCUGCAUUUAGAGUUUGAAGCCCAGACAGCUGCUGUUUAAGUGCUAAAAGUGUGUUUGUUAUAUUGAGCAUUUCUGUGUUAGAUUCAUUGUAGUUCACAGAAGUAAUUCUGCACUUCUCUGAACCAAGAUAGCCUUUCACUCUGCGGGAUGCAACAAAGAAUGCGCUACACACACGCUUUACCUGCUUUUUCCUUAUUCGUAUAUAUACUCACAGCAUGGAAAUUCUUUAUGAUGCAGUAUUAAACAUAAAGUAUUAUAUAUAUAUUCUACAUAUUCUAUAUAUAUUUAUUUUCUAUUGCGUGAAAAAUAAAGUUGGCUUGAAUUGA